AUGCAAAGGGGUUUGGAUGCACAAACCAAAAAAGAGCUAGAAGAAGAAGAAAAGAAGGUCAUUAAUGAAGAACACUGGUAUCUUGAUGUACCAGUCAAAAAGGCGAAAGAGUCCUUUAUCGUAGAAGAGCGAAGCUUUGUGCUAUGUGAGGAACUCCUUUAUGGCAGGAUGUCCUUCAAAGGAUUCAAUCCAGAAAUUGAGAAGUUAAUGAUCCAAAUGAACUCUAUGAAUAAGAAAGAAGAAAUUGAAGUGGAUGAUAAAAUGGAGGCUGAUGUGUCAGAUGCAGAAAUGGCCAGAAGAUACGAAACAUUAGUGGGAACAAUAGGGAAGAAAUUCAUGAGAAAAAGAGACCACCGUGUACUCAUGGAUGAAGAAGACUGUGAGAAUAUUGAGAUAAGGCCUAGCAAAAAAGCUAAGAAAAAGUUCUUAAAACCUCGGGACUAA